GUUCGUGGGAAAGAUUCUGCAGUAAUUGUAACACAGAAGAAAGACAAGUUACUGGAUUCCAACACAGUGACUCAUUUAUUCAGAAUUACUGAAAAUAUUGGCUGUGUGAUGACGGGAAUGACAGCUGACAGCAGAUCCCAGGUGCAGAGAGCCCGCUAUGAGGCUGCUAACUGGAAGUACAAGUAUGGCUAUGACAUCCCUGUGGAUAUGCUGUGUAAAAGGAUUGCAGAUAUUUCUCAGGUCUAUACGCAGAAUGCUGAAAUGAGGCCUCUUGGUUGCUGUAUGAUUUUGAUUGGUAUUGAUGAAGAACACGGCCCUCAGGUAUACAAGUGUGAUCCGGCAGGUUACUAUUGUGGAUUCAAGGCCACAGCUGCAGGAGUUAAACAGACAGAGUCAACCAGUUUUCUUGAAAAGAAAGUAAAGAAGAAAUUUGAUUGGACGUAUGAACAAACAGUAGAGACAGCAAUAACAUGCCUGUCUACUGUACUAUCCAUUGAUUUCAAACCUUCAGAAAUAGAAGUUGGUGUAGUUACAGUGGAAAAUCCUAAAUUCAGGAUCCUUACAGAAGCAGAGAUUGAUGUGCACCUUGUAGCUCUGGCAGAGAGAGACUAAUUAGCAUUCCCAUUUCCAUUGUCUGUGCUUCUGGCUGGGAGAUUUGGUGAAAAGAAAACACUUACUAAUGGCUUUAGAUUAUGGGUGGAAAACAAUGUUCACUGUAUGAUGUAUUUUACUCUGUACAAAUAAAACAGAGGUUUUUGAAA